AUGACAGCUCUACGCCGCUCAAAACGCGAACGCAUAGUAAAAACUGCGCGACUUGAUCCUUACAGUUACGGCCCACGUCCUUCUCGUUUAAUAUACCACAGACCGCAUUUUUAUUCUUCAGUGAAGACGACUGAGUCUGAAGCUGUCAUCAUCAACAACAACGGGAGUUUUGCAGCAUACUCGAGGUCAGUCACGCCAAAUGUAAUAACAUCCCUCAAGUACGAGGCAUGGAAGUGGACCGGCGCCUCUAGACCAGCGGGAUUCCAUGGCCCAUGGCCACCAUCAUCCGCCACUGAGCUAAUGAAUGUAGACAUCAAGCUCGAAAACCUUGGCACAAAGAGAGAGCAGAAUGAUUUCCUGAAGAAGCACGGUGAUCUCAUCAAGGACGAGUGUCUCGGUAAGUAUUGCUGGCAACAGUCCAAUUUCUCGUCCGAAUUCUAUUGCCAGAGGGAGUACGAUGGUACUGCAAUCUGCGAUCACACAAUCUCCGAAUGGAAGGAAGGGUGUGCAGACUGGCAGGUGCGUUUUGAGGUUCGGCCAGUGCCUGGUUUCGGCUACGGCCUUUACUCGAAGUGGAAGUGGACAAAGGGCGACAUUCUUGGUGCUUACCUUGGUGAGAUGAUCCCUGAGAAACCAGAGAAUACUGACUACUGCCAUGAAGUCAAGAUCGGUCCCAUGUUUGGUAAAACGAAAGCGAUGGUGGGAUAUGUUGAUGCGGAAAAGUAUGGAAAUUAUGCGAGGUUCUGCAACCACAGCUGCGAAAACAAUGCGAUCGUCACAGAAGCGAGGGUAGGAAAUGAGCGUAUACUGGCGCUAAGAGCGAUCAAACACAUUGCGGUUGGUGAGCAGAUUUGCAUCGACUAUGGAAGCGAUUACUUCCAGGGGAGACAGUGCCUUUGUGGCAAACAAGGGUGUAAGUAUCCAAAAGCAAUCGAGCUAGCGCCAGUCACAAUUGAGGCUAGUUAG